CGUACAUUCGUAACCAUAGCAACGGCUUAUGCUCGCCUCAAGAUGGCGGACGAAGAGAAUGCAACGCUGCAGAAUCCUGUUCCUACUGAAGCCAAGAAGCGCCGUGCACCUAAAGCUCCAGAGCUUCCUAUUGUGGAGAGAAGGAACUGGCUGAUCCACCAGCACUAUCUGCGCAAAGAUUAUGAGACCUGUAAGGUGAUCAUUAAGGAGCAACUGCAGGAAAGCAGUGGAAUGUGUGAAUAUGCCAUUUACGUUCAAGCACUAAUCUUACGUCUUGAGGGGAAGAUCCAGGAGUCCCUGGAGCUGUUUCAGAGCUGUGCCAUCCUUAAUCCCAGCAGCUCUGAUAACCUUAAGCAAGUGGCCCGAUCACUAUUUCUUCUUGGAAAACACAAAGCAGCUAUUGAGUUCUAUCAUGAAGCUGCAAAACUUAACGAGAAAGAUUGGGAGAUCAGUCACAACCUGGGUGUGUGCUAUUACUUCAUCAAAGAUUUCAAAAAUGCUGAGGAACAUCUAAACACAGCUCUCCAGAUAAAUAAACAUGACAAGACCUUCACGAUGCUCGGAAAGGUUCAUCUGCUGGCUGAAGAAACCGACAAGGCUAUUGAGGUGUACAAGAGAGCAGUGGAAUUCUCUCCAGAGAACACUGAACUCCUCACUACUCUAGGUCUCCUUUAUCUGCAGCUUGGGAAGUACCAAAAAGCAUUCGAGCACCUUGGGAAUGCCCUCACUUUUGACCCCAACAAUUAUAAGGCCAUCCUGGCUGCAGGCAGCAUGAUGCAAACCCACGGUGACUUUGAUGUGGCCAUGAACAAGUAUAGAGUGGCAGCGUGUGCCGUGCCGGAGAGCCCCCCUCUCUGGAACAACAUUGGCAUGUGUUUCUUUGGCAAGAAGAAAUAUGUGGCGGCCAUCAGCUGCCUGAAGCGUGCUCACUACUUGUCUCCCUUUGACUGGAAAGUGUUGUAUAACCUGGGGCUGGUACACCUGACCAUGCAGCAGUAUGCGUCAGCUUUCCAUUUCCUCAGUGCAGCCAUUAAUCUGAACCCAAGAAUGGGGGAGCUCUACAUGUUGCUGGCAGUGGCUCUGACUAAUUUGGAAGAUGUGGAGAAUGCCACCCGGGCAUAUGAACAAGCUGUGAAUCUUGAUGAAACCAACCCCAUGGUCAACCUGAACUUUGCCAUAUUCCUCUACAAUCAUGGUGACAAGCAGCGAGCUCUGGAUCAAUAUCAGGAGAUGGAACGGAAAGUCAACCAGCUUCGGGAAAGCAGUAACAACUUUGAGUUUGACCCUGAGCUGAUGGACAUGGCUCAGAAGAUGGGCACUGCUCUGCAGGUGACAGAGAGCGUGGUUUGGACUAAACCAGGCAAGGACUCUAAGUCUAAAUCUCAUUCGGUGGCAGCAGCCAAAACCCCGGGAGCUCCUCUGGGCACGAACCAAGCUCUGGGUCAGGCCAUGUCUUCCGCCGCCAGUUACAACAAGAACAUCCAGCUAACAACAGCCGUUUCCAAAGGCCCCCCCUCAGCUCCUCAGCCGGAGCCUGAUGUAGAGAAAGCCCCCAGCCCACCAACUGACCCUCCAGGAUCCCCAAAACCGGAAGAUCCAGACCGUUCCAGACCCAUAAGCUCAAAGAGGAAGUCCAAGGUGGAGGAAUGAAGUAGUGACUGCGGUGCUCAAUGCCUCUUAUUUAGAUUAACUGUAGUCAUAUUUGGGACUUUUAGGAACAUUGAAUCCACUUUAAGGUCAAAACAAUUCAGGGUCAUUUUUCUUCACUUUUCAUAUUUAUAACAGUUCCUCUGACCGGUUUGGUGCAAUGUUAAAGCCAAUGGCAUUAUGUGUCUGUUAAAUCAAAACGUAUGUUUAAAAAAAGUAGAAAAAGCUUUUGCGACCUGUUUAGUGUUGAUCUUUUAAAAAUGGCUUUGCUAUUUG